AUGUCAACGUCCUUUGCAAGCCGUCAGCGGGCCAGGAUUACGGUGACGAUCCCAAAGGUGUACGAGGAGGUCUUCUCGCCCAUAGACAUGGAGGACCGAGCGAUGCUCGGCACGCCGCUCGACGAAGUGUACCUCGUUCAGAACGUCGUGCAACGCGUCAAGAUUGUCAGCGCGAAGGCGCAGGUCUUCGUCGUCAACAGAGACGUUUCAGAGCUUCUUUCACCCGCGCAACCCAUUGAACUACCUACCACCCACAGUCGCUCUUUUGAUGAUAACUUAUAUAGCCAUAUUUAUUGGGCCAAGCAAUGGGAUAGGACGUUGAUGUCGAAAGAGGACUCAGAGGACGCAGGUAAACGCAGAAAAUGCAUGCACGCCGGCCCGCAUAUGGUAAGAGGCCACGUGAAGGCGGCGCUUGCCGGCGACCGGGGGGUGCAUCAAUUGUUGAACUCAACGUCCAUCAUCGUGACGGCAGGCAAGCUGGCGCUGACCACUCUUCUCGGUCUCGAUGCCUCCUGGACCGCAUCUGCUGCAGUCCUACAUCAUCCUCACGCGACGCGGUACCUGCGGCAACUCUAUAGACCGACGUUCGACGAUGCUGUCGCUGCUAUGACAAGGCUUCGAAACGCCUCUAGUGGCGCUGAUAAGAAAGCAGAUAUAGCUCAACUGCGAACGUGGUAUUCAGAAUGGGGUCAACGCGUCGACAAUGCGUUGUCGUUGAUGUACCAUUCAAGCACUUCGAGAGGUCUACCUCACCGACUUACGCGUAAUUUGGGGCUUCUCUCCUUCAGCGAACGCGAACGCCUCAACCAACGCCUCUUCCCCGUCUGGCGAUCCGACCAGCCGGAGAAAGCCCUCGGAAAAGCCCUGCGCAAGACCGAGAAGGAUCAGGCGUACGCGAGGACGGACCACGGGGCAUGGAGCGCAGUUGAGCAGGUAGCGAGGAUGGCAGAAGGUCGGCACGGCAUGAGUUUGGGGAGGAUACAGGUCAAGCGCAGCGUCUGGCGUUCCGCAUAA